AUGGAUAUUCUAAAGUUGCUCUCCCGGGGAACAAGGGGGCAGGCUGGGGCUGCUCGGGGAAAUGCUCUUCGAGUUGCCGCCGAUCUUCCAUCUGCUGGGGCGCACACAAACCCUCAGCUUUUCCAUGACCCCAUUCGAAGCACAGACAACGACAAGAGCAGAAAACGAAAGAGAGGAAGUAGCAGCAAGGCCGCAAAAGGAGGCGACGGAGAGUGCGAAGAAAUUCUUCCUGCGGAUGAAGGGGACGAUGACGCGAGCGACGUGAGCGAACUCGACUUCUUUGCAAAUCGCGACAGCGCAAAGACGACUGAGGCAACGCCAGUCAAGAAGGCAAAAUCCAAUGGCGAUGACAAAAGCAGCAAGAAGACAAAUGAGAAGAGGUCAGAAAAUAUUGAUAAAACGGUGGGCCUUCUAGACGAAGAUGAAUGCCGUCAAAUUCUGCGGUCACAUCGGUUGAAGCUGUCAUUGUUGUCUGAUAAGAAGACGGAAAAGGCGGAAAAGAAAAAAGAAAAAGACAAGAAGAAAAAGAGCAGUAAAAAGAGCAAGAAGGAAGCCGAGGAGGAAUCUAAGGGCACCAAAGAUGACAAGAAGCCAGUUCUUCCGCAGCCGCUGACUGCCUUCUCUCAACUGCGCCAUACAUACGGCAUCUCGCCACGGCUCGCCGACAACCUUGAUCGACUGCUGUACCGCAUCCCGACAGAAGUGCAGAUGGGCAGCUUGCCUCUGCUACUAGACCCCACACUAGCGCUGAGCAAGACGGAACUGUCGGGCGAUGAAGGCAACAGACAGCGCGACGGGCUGUCCGCAAACGGUGGCGUGGACUUCAUGGCGGUGGCGCCCACGGGCAGCGGCAAGACACUAAGCUUUUUGGUGCCUUCGAUCAGCAGUGUCUUGAAGAGGAGGGCAGAAGAGAAAGCUGAGCUUGAGGAUCCGGAGGCUGCGACGGUCACGGCACCCAAACGCAAACAUGAUUAUGGCCUCCAUACGGUGGUGGUGGCACCCACGCGGGAGCUGGCCCGCCAGAUAGCCAACGAGGGCAAGAAGCUAGCUGUCGGUACGGGUGUCCGGGUAGUGGCCAUGCGCAAAGGUAUGCGCGUGCAGGCUGCAUCGGCCGAGGGCGAGGAGGGGGAGUCUGGCAACCCUGAUGACGAGGAAAGCAGCGCGGACAGUGACGACGACGAAGACGAAGACGAAGAAGAAGAAGAAGAGGACGGCCCAGAGGAAGGACAGGAUGCCAAGGGAGGAAAGGGCACCAAGACGAAGAAGGCGGCAGUGGCGGCGACGGUGACGAGGGCGGACAUCCUGGUGACGACGCCGCUGAUGCUGCUCAACUCGCUAUCCGGCGGGUCGGCGAAGCAGAAGAAGACGCUGCCGACGGUACGCACGUUGGUGCUGGACGAGGCAGACGUGCUGCUUGACCCGCUGUUCCGCGAGCAGACGCUGGGGCUGUGGGGGGCAUGCACGCACCCACAGCUGCAGGCGACGUUCUGGUCGGCGACGAUGGCUUCGAACGUGGAGGAGCUGGUGGCGAAGCAGCUGGGUUCGGCAGCAGAAAAGGGAGAGACGGCUGCAGCAGGGAAGAAGGGGAUGACAAUCAACAAAAGUCGGCUACUGGUGCGGCUGGUGGUCGGGCUCAAGGACACGGCAGUGCCCAACGUGACGCACCGGCUGGUGUACACGGCGACGGAGCAGGGCAAGCUGUUGGCGAUGCGGCAACUGCUGCACCCGACGACGAGUGUGUCGGUGACGGGACAGGGCCAGAAGAGCUCUGGUGCAGCCACGGCCGAGACGCCGCUGCGGCCGCCCUUCCUCGUGUUUGCCCAGACGGCCGAGCGGGCGACAGCGCUGCACGACGAGCUCAAGUAUGACAUCCCGGCGGCGGCCGGCGGAGCCGACAGGUUGGGCGUGCUGCACGCGGCGCUGGCCGACGGUGCGCGGGCGGCGGUGGUGCGGCGAUUCCGGGCCGGCGAGGUCUGGGUGCUCAUCACGACAGACGUGCUGGCGCGCGGUAUCGAUUUUGCCGGCGUGAACGGCGUGGUCAACUACGACGUGCCCGGUUCGGCGGCGGCUUACGUGCACCGAGCCGGCCGGACUGGUCGGGCUGGUCGGCAGGGCGGUCUCGCCGUCACGCUGUACACCAAGGAGGAUAUUCCGUUUGUCAAGAGCGUGGCCAACGUGAUCGCGGCGAGCGAGAAGCAGGCUGGCAAGGGGCCAGGCACCGAGGCCGCCAGCAGCAACAGCAGCAACAGCACAAGCAACAACGCCCCGGCGGCCGUACCCCAGUGGCUGCUAGACGCCCUGCCCAACGUCACCAAGGCGGACAAGAAGCGGCUCAAGACGCGCGGCAUGGAGUCGCGGCGGACGGGUGGCAGCAGCAGCCAUGGCACCGGCAAGAACGGCGGCAGCAGCAAAAACGGCAACGGCAAAGGCAACGCAGCCGGCCGUUCGCGCAUCACCUCCAAGAGCGCGUGGGAGCGACGCAAGGAGAACAACUUGCGAGACGCGAUUGCGAGCAGCAAGCGACGCAAGCUGGAGGCAGAGAAACAGGCACACAACGACGACGAGUGGACUGGGCUGGACUAA